AUGAGAUUGAAUGCAAAAUUAUGGCAAAGUGUAGCUAAAAAUUAUGCUAAACUUCUUGAAGAAGAAGAUUCUUGUGAUGUAUCUAUUACUGUCGGAAGUGGAGAUGAUAUAAAAACAUUUAAUGUACACUCAUUAAUAUUACGAACUCAAACACCAUACUUUCACACUGCUUUUUCAGCCCAGUGGGGAAAAAAGAAGGGUGAUAAAAUAGUUUUGUCUAAACCAAAUGUUACACCAGCGAUAUUUGAAGAUAUUCUCAAGUUCAUAUAUUCCAGUGAAUUAAAAUUGGAUAACAAAGAUGUUCAACAUUUACUUGGGCUUUUGUCAGCAUCUGAUGAAUUAAUUCUUCCGGUACUUUCUGAUCAUGUUCAAAAAUAUCUUGCAAUAAAUCAAGCAUCAUGGAUAAAAGAACAUCCGUUAGAAACGUUAAAUGCAGCGUUUCAACAUGAAUCUUGGAAAGAAUUACAAAAUUGUUGUGUAUCAACUAUAUGUAAAAAUCCCUGGAUGUUAUUUGAGACUCCUAAUUUUUAUCAUUUGGAUGAAUCAAUUCUUUUGUAUAUAAUUAAAAAAGAUGAAUUACAAAUGGAAGAAUCAGAUAUUUGGUAUCAUAUACUUACUUGGGGAAUUAUGCAACAUGCAGACUUACCUGACGAUCUUAAUGAAUAUACAAAUGAGGAUUUUAAUAAUUUGAAAAAAACUUUAUCAAAAUUUUUACCUGUAAUCCGAUUUUUUAAUAUGUCUUUGGAGGAUUUUGAUACAAAAGUUUCCCCUUACAGAAAAAUAUUUCCUGAUGAAUUAUAUGAAGAUAUUCUUUGGCAUUUCUUAAAACCUGAUCGUCCAAAAAAAUAUAUUUCCUCUAUACUUCCAAAAAGGCAUCACCCUUACGCUAACAGUAAAUUUAUCAAAACAAAUUAUGCAAAAAUUACGGCAUAUAAAACUUCUUAUUCAAAAUAUGCUACAAAACCAGAUGCAUUCAAAAGGGUUAUGAUUGGACCAUAA